GGUAUACUAAACCUGAAAGUGCAACUCAUUAUGGAGCUAUGUUAAGAGAUGCCUGCAGGCAUGAAGCUCUUGCAAAGCUAGUAUUGGGUUCCCCUGAGUUUUAUCAGCUCUUUAAUCAUGUUCAGGGCACAGCUUUUGACGUAAGCUCCGAUGCAUUUGCGACCCUCAAAGAUUUAUUGACAAGACAUAAGCCGUAUAUAGCAGAGUUUCUUGCACAGAACUAUGACGAAUUUUUCUGUCACUAUGCAAACAUGAUCAACUCUGACAAUUACGUGACUAAGCGCCAAGCUCUUAAGCUGCUUGGUGAAUUACUUUUGGAUAGACACAAUUUCUCUGUGAUGACAAGGUACAUAGCGGAUGCGGAGAACUUGAAAGUUUUCGUUGCUAAUCCUAACAAGCCACCGGCAGUUCAUAUGAUCCUCUAUCAAAAUCAGGAGAAAUUAAUCUCUUUUUUAUCCAACUUCCAAACUGAGAGGACUGAUGAUGGACAAUUUAAUGAUGAAAAACAAUAUCUUAUUAAACAAAUCCGGGAUCUCAAACCUUUGGUUUCUCCAGGCGCUGCUAUUGGCGGCAAUACAAAUGCAUCCAGACAGCAAACAGCUAGUAACUCUAGUACAUCAUCUACUACUACCAGCUAG